AUGAUUACUCCAGACAAAAUUUUUGCCUUUAUUGAGUUCCUGGAACGCGCGGUAGAGAUAUACGAGAACUUUUCCACUGCCGGUGAACAGAUUCAGGCACAACGAAGCCAGCUGCAGUUCAUUGUGCUCCAACGGCCAGUAUGGCUCGAGUAUUUGAACACUCCGAAUUUCUUUCGAGGUUUGAACCAGACGCAAGAGAGUUUAAUACUUGAAAUGAUGCAAACAUUCGGAAACGAUGUGCGUGAGCUGGAAAGACAGCUGAACCAGAGGCAACUCGACCUUGCUACCUGGUGGGGAAUGGCUGAAUGGUAUUGGAGACGCGGACAAGACGCACAAAAAAUCGAUUCCCUCUUCAUGACGGCUGAGCGGUUGAAUGAAAUUUUCUCUGACAGGUAUGAUGAACUGGUAUAUAUUGAGACCAUGGCACUAACAUGGUCGCUCGUUGGCAGAGCGACCCUGUGGAUGGUUACAAACAUGAGAGACCAAAUCCAGCAGGGUGGCCUUGGCCCUGGGAAUGGUGAUGACGGCAAUGACAGUGAUGGUAGAGAGUACGACUACGGCAGUGGUAGCGAUAGCGGUCACAGCAGCGAUGGCAGCGAUGGCGACGACUCCAGUCACAAUACCGGACACAACAUUCACAGAGGAGAUGGCGCUGAUGGCAAUUCUCGAUCAAACCACCGUUCAACUAAAACAGCCGAGUCUGUUAACGAGGAACACGAGGCAGUUAUCGUGUCUCACAAAUUAUGCCAAAGUCUUUGUUCAUCGCGAGGCUUCCUCUUGCUCGUUGCUCAAGCAUCAUCUCUCGAGGAGCUGUGGUCAUACGGCUGUCGUACUGGCCCUGUCGAAGGUAGCGGCGUCCCUUACGAGGUUGUUAGCCUAGCAAAAGACCUGGUAAAGGCUUCUGGAAAAGACAGCUGGACGGACUACACAGUGCAGCAAUGGCUUUCGAUGGGGUCAUUCUACCUUGCAGAAGUAGGCAUACAGCAAAAGCCUCCCCGCCUUGGCCCUACGCGCAAGCGCUUACCAGCGUCCAACAAGCACAUCGCCCGUUCCGGCCAAGCAGAUGGAAUGGCAGCAGCAACAGCGGUUAAUAAAGGUACAGCGUGGAGUUUGACCUCUUUAAGGACACUGGUGUACUUACCGCUUGACCCGCAGGUCGUUCAGGAAGCCCUCGACAUUUGCGACUUCUGGUUUGGCGUCAAGCCGCGGCAGGAGAUUAUCAACGACAUACGAACUUGUAUCCGCCCUUCCGGGGAAACCAGCGAGAUUGAUGCCGGCGAUUUAUGGCGAUUUCGCAUAGCAGAGACCGUCGGAGACUCGGCUAUUAGCCCCGUACCGCUCCUUGCUCGAAGAGUGCUUCAAGGGCUGCGCGUCAGUAAAAGCCUAUCCGAGGAUCAAGGAAAACAGAUUUGCGAAAAAGCCACCGUCGUGCUACCACGACAAGACGACCACGAGUGCUACUCUGACAGGCCGCUUGUCUUGGCUUGUGUCUGUGGCAAGCAUCUCUUUCGCUACUACAUCACGGAGUUCACAGAUGUUUUGGCAGUACGCUCCGUUCAUGUCGAUGUCAGUCGUCUCAAAGUCCCGGGCGGCAGCACUGAGUCGAUCCGCAUCUGCUGCGAGGAUGAACAGCUAAGGCUGCUUGGUGAAGCAGAGCGUGCAGCAUUUCGAGCUGCGGUCGAUCAGGGCUGGAUCUACAUCGACGGACUUUCCCUCAGGGACGCCUGUGUCACUAUGCACACGAAGCCAGCGAGGUUUGCCGCUAAACCCAUCCGCAUUGACUCUGAAAUGAUCGAGUUGUCAAAGAUUAGAUGUGAAGAGCGCGGUGUGCGAAUUAGCCUCCAGCUGCGUUUCCAUACUGCUGAAGAAGCGAGGGGUGUGUUCGAGGAGCUUAUCAAGCCCAUUGAGUAG